AUGUUCGCCACGAUCACUGUCCAUGCCGAGCAAAGUCGCUCCGCCGCAGCCUUGACAAAAGCGAAGCUACGUUAUGUUGCCGAAGGACAUACUCCACAACCAAGCCCUCACAACUUCCAUCUUCCUGACAUCACGGAGUUCGGCGACACGCAUUUCCUGCCUCUUCACUCCGUCCGACCUGUCCCUGCUCUUGACGAGCUGACCACAAGCUCUAGCCAUGUUUCGCUGAGGGAUCACGGCUUCACAGCGAUUCGGCGUCCAACAGCCCUGCACGCACCUCCGCACUGCCCUGAUUCAUUCAAAAACCCCGAACUGCUCAAGCAGCACGUCAUUCCCGACACCGAGUUGGCUCUCAAGCAAUUGACUGGGUGCACAACCGUCGUCACGGAGGCUCUUCUCCUACGCUGUGCGCUCUGGUCCGCCACUGACUCUCUUGCGACUCAUGGGAGCGCAGGCGACAACACUUCUGAGCUGAAGACCGGAUUUCCCCAAUUCAUCGGAUUCGACCCCAUCUCUGGAGGUGGCAGUCCCGCGUCUAAAAUCCACUUGGAUUACUCGCCCGACGGGGCCCGGAUGCACAUCCGGAGGUUCCAUCCCCAGACCGCAGAGGCUGCUGCCGAGAUCAUCCGUUUUGAGGAUUCCCUGUUGGCUGCUGGCAAAGACCUGAGCGAUAGCUACAAACAUAGCGGCGGUCCCCGAUGGGCGCUUUACUCGACAUGGAGGCCACUUAAGACAGUGCGCCGGGAUCCGCUAGCAGUUUUGGACUAUACGACUUUCAGGGAAGACGACUACGUCCCGGCGGCCGUGCCCACACCUUCCCUGGGCCGCGAGGGUGUCUGCGAGACGCACUCGGCGGAGUGCUAUCUGGCCAGGUACUCUCAGCAGCACAAAUGGUACUGGAUCGACAACCAGACGCCCGAGGAGUGUCUAGUUCUGAGAUUUUUCGACAGUGACGAGGAGCGAGCUGGCAGCAUUGCUGCCGGCGGCGUCCUACACUCGAGCGCUGAGUUAGAAGACAACGACGACGCAGAGCCCCGCGAAUCAUUAGAAAUCCGUAGCUUAUGCAUUUGGUGA